CCGUCAUCCCAGCCUAUACUCUCACGCCCCCAAACCGCAACCAUGGCCGGUCCUAGCAAGUCCCUGAUCCUCGAUCCGGCCUACCAGAAAUACUACGACCUCAACGCAAACCGCUACAAGUACUUCAAGUGGACCCCGCGCCAUGCUUGGUUCUCGUUCCUUUACAUGGCUCUGAUCCCCGGUGCGCUCGGCUAUGUGGCCUACAAGACUGAAGGUCUGUACGAGCUCCGCGGAAAGCGCAGGGGCGAUACGAUUGUGGAGUGGUAGAUCUAGCCGUCGUCGACGACCGCUCUGUUUGGAAUGAAGAAGAAAAGUUCAGUUCCGCUGAACAUACACACACAUCACCUACCUGUACCUACUAUUAUACCGCUAUUCGAAUCUUCUUUGCCCACGUU